AUCCUCCGCCUGCAGUAGAUGUGCUGAGGCUGGAGUAGCCACCAUUUUGCAUGUCUAGUGUGUUCCUCCCUCCAUUGCUAAUAGAGACGAUUCCAGUUCUUUUCUGGCAUCAUUACGGCUCAGAAUGCCAGCUCCGAUCAGACUGCGGGAGCUGAUCCGGACCAUCCGGACGGCACGGACCCAGGCAGAGGAGCGAGAGAUGAUCCAGAAAGAGUGUGCUGCUAUCCGCUCGUCUUUCAGAGAGGAAGACAACACAUACCGUUGCAGAAAUGUGGCAAAGUUACUUUAUAUGCACAUGUUGGGCUACCCAGCCCACUUUGGGCAGCUGGAGUGUCUGAAGCUGAUUGCAUCCCAAAAGUUCACUGACAAACGGAUAGGUUAUUUGGGAGCUAUGCUUCUUCUGGACGAGAGACAGGACGUUCAUUUACUAAUGACAAAUUGCAUUAAAAAUGAUUUGAAUCACAGCACACAGUACGUCCAAGGCCUGGCUUUGUGCACUUUAGGCUGCAUGGGGUCCUCAGAAAUGUGUCGUGACCUGGCGGGGGAGGUAGAGAAGCUGCUUAAAACAUCCAACUCAUACUUGAGGAAAAAGGCAGCAUUGUGUGCAGUCCAUGUCAUCAGGAAGGUCCCAGAGCUCAUGGAAAUGUUUCUUCCAGCCACAAAAAACCUGCUGAGUGAGAAGAACCACGGUGUUCUGCAUACAUCUGUCGUCCUGCUUACUGAGAUGUGUGAAAGAAGUCCUGAUACGCUGGCCCACUUCAGAAAGAAUGAGAAGCUGGUUCCACAGUUGGUGAGAAUCCUCAAGAACCUAAUAAUGUCUGGAUAUUCUCCUGAACAUGAUGUGUCGGGCAUAAGCGACCCUUUCCUGCAGGUGCGGAUAUUGAGACUACUGAGAAUUUUAGGCAAGAAUGAUGAUGACUCCAGUGAAGCAAUGAAUGACAUUCUCGCACAGGUUGCAACAAACACAGAGACGAGUAAAAAUGUAGGUAAUGCAAUCCUGUAUGAGACUGUACUGACCAUAAUGGACAUCAAGUCUGAAAGUGGACUGAGGGUUUUGGCCAUUAACAUACUAGGUCGCUUCCUUCUUAACAAUGACAAAAAUAUAAGAUAUGUGGCAUUGACAUCUCUACUAAAGACGGUACAAACAGACCACAAUGCGGUGCAGAGGCAUCGGAGCACCAUUGUGGAUUGUUUAAAAGAUCUGGACGUCUCCAUUAAGAGACGUGCGAUGGAGCUGAGUUUUGCCCUCGUGAACGGCAACAACAUCAGAGGCAUGAUGAAGGAGCUGCUCUACUUUCUGGACUCCUGUGACCCAGAAUUCAAGGCAGACUGUGCAUCAGGAGUGUUUCUAGCUGCUGAGAAAUAUGCUCCUUCGAAAAGAUGGCACAUAGACACCAUUAUGAGAGUACUCACAACGGCAGGGAGCUACGUGCGAGACGACUCUGUUCCCAACCUGAUCCAGCUCAUCACAAACUCUGUGGAGAUGCACGCGUAUACAGUUCAGAGACUUUACAAAGCACUGCUGGACGACAUUUCACAGCAACCUCUUGUGCAGGUUGCGUCAUGGUGCAUAGGAGAAUAUGGAGACCUCCUGGUGUCAGGGCAGUGUGAGGAAGAGGAGCCCAUCCAGGUGACUGAGGAUGAAGUUCUGGACGUAUUGGAAGGUCUUCUGGUGUCCAAUCUGUCCACGCCCGUGACCCGCGGCUAUUCCCUCACUGCCAUCAUGAAGCUGUCGACUCGUUUCAGCAGCGUGAACCGAAUCAAAAAGGUGGUUUCAAUAUACGGGAGUAGCAUUGAUGUGGAGCUUCAGCAGAGAGCUGUGGAGUACAACGCACUUUUCAAGAAAUACGACCACAUGAGACCCGCUCUUCUUGAACGUAUGCCUAUUAUGGAGAAGACGGCCUCUAAUGGUCCCACAGAAAUCGUACAGACAAACGGAGAGACUGAGCCAUCUACGGUGGAGGCAAAACAUCCACCACCUGUUACCCAACCAACAAACCAAGCUAAUGAUUUGUUAGACCUGCUGGGUGGAAAUGAUGUGGUGCCGGUAAUCCAGACUACGAUUCCCACAAAGCCUGCCUCAGCUGGAGGAGAGCUGCUUGACCUCCUGGGCGACCUCUCACUAAGUGGUGGUCCGGCGCCUGCACCCGCUCCCUCAGUGCCCACUUCCCAGCCACCUUUCCUGCUGGACGGGCUCACUUCACAACCCCUGUUCAAUGACAUUGCAGCUGCAGGUAUUCCUUCCAUGACUGCAUACAACAAGAAUGGUCUAAAAAUAGACUUCACAUUUGAGAGAGCUAACCCCAACCCAAACAUCGCAGUCAUCACCAUCCACGCCACCAACUCAACAGAGGCUGAAAUGACCGACUUUGUUUUUCAGGCUGCAGUACCAAAGACAUUCCAGCUGCAGCUCCUUUCCCCCAGCAGUAACGUCGUCCCAGCUCUCAACCAGGGAACUGUAACACAGGUCAUCAGAGUUCUCAACCCACAGAAGCAACAACUACGAAUGAGGAUCAAACUAACCUACACCCACAAAGGCUCGGCCGUGCAGGACCUGGCAGAGGUUAAUAACUUCCCCCCGCAGUCGUGGCAGUGAUGACCGGCUCCUGCUGCCUCCAAAAAGCCCCACCAAGGGAACUAUGAAAACCUUUUUUUUUUUUUCUCCCUCCUCCCACACGUUUGCCUCCCACCUUUUCUUCCAAUGGACCGCCCUGUGACAUCACUGCAGAUCGCUGCCCUCGAGUUGCAUGGGAAGCAGCAGAGCAUCAACCACAGGAGGAUAGAGCAGAUGUUAUGAAGACCCUGUUGGCAUUACAAGAGGAAUUGGGGGGGAAAAAAACAUAUCAAUCAUUGAACUUUCUCUUUUCGCUCUUAAUUAAUCUCUUAGUAUGCUGAUGUAUUUUUCUCACACCCCUCUGUCACCACACCCAGAAGGAUUCAUGCGCACCGUCCACUGUGGCACACUUUACCUCUGAAAAAGUGUCGCCCCCUUUGGGCUCUUUCUUUCUUUCUUUUUUUUUUUUUAAAAAUCCUAAAAUGCAGUUUGAGGCAUUUGCUCCCUUGAUCGGUAGGAUCGGCUUUGCUUUCACAAACCAUCAUCCCUAUGAUGGCAGCAGAAAAAACUUUGAAAACUUUUUCUUUCUCCACACUGUCAACAAUAUAACUUCAGAGUUGUAUUCAUUCUGAAUUACAUUAAUUUGCUAAAUGCAUGUGUGCUGGGGUCACAAUCACAUCUGGACUUUAAGCUCCGAGGGGGGAUUUUCUGAUUCUGUUUGUAGACCACUUCAUCCAACUCUGUUUCUGGGUUCAGAAUAUUUCCCCUCAUCCAACACCUCAUCUGUAGGGAAUCGACAGCUUGUAGAUCUGUACAAAACAGCAAGUUUGAUGUACUGCAGUGAAUACGUUAUCGCUCUGAAACUUACCUGAAAACAAGUUGCGUUUGUGUGAGAGAGAGAUCUGCAUUUUAAACUUUUCCUGCAUCUGUGUCAUCAGCCAGGAUUGCAUUUUGACUUCUAUUUCUGAUUUGUUUAACCUGAUUGAACUUGGUCACCAUGCUCACACAUGUAAAUGAAGCUUGUCAUGAAUGUAGUAACUUGCACUGAAUGCUUUUCUUUCCCCUCUCUUAAUUCUUCUUUCCAAGUUUUUUUUUUUCAUUUAUUUUGUCGGGGAUGCUCAUCUUAUCGGCACUGAUUUUGUGAGAGUUUGUUUUGUUUCUGCAGUAAUUAUGCCUGAUAUCAAAGUGAUGUGCCUUUCUGACUUAGCUGAGUUAAAAUAAAAUAAAGUGAGCGUCGUCUGUUGCUCUUGAUGGAUUUCAACUAAAAUACCACUAACCUGAGCAACAAUUUUAGUCCAGGAAUUUGUAAAUUAUAGUAAAAUAUUUCAAAUUAUAUCUUGAUUUUCUCAGAUUUCUAAUAAAAACGAGAGUCGGUCAUAUUUAAAUCCUAUAAUUAAAACAAAGUUAAUGGCAGCUAAUGUGUGUAAACGUUGACAAGCUGGCGUCGGUUAUUUUUCAAAUCCUCCCCAAAAUCCAUCAAGCAACAGAGACUGAAUUAUUAGUCAGAGCUAACGUAACUUUUUUUUGAAGCCGCCUUCACUCUCGUCAGAAGCAUACCGUCAUCGGGGAUAGGAACCUUAAUACCUCACACUGUUUUCUUUCUGUUAACUUUAGUGGCAGGACAUCGGCAGCUUUUGUUUAGUCACAAAAUGCAACAGAGGAGGAGCGUCUGCAUGAAGAAAACUAACAGCAGUCUGUGCAUCUCAUUACUGAACUCACAGCCUCACUAUGAUCCGCCGAUAUAACUCCUCUCACUAUGCUUCACUAUCUUUUAACUUCUGUGACCAAAUCAAAGAUAUACUAUUAGCUUUGGAAAUAUUUUUGAGCUCAUGAUAUGUGUAUAUGGAGAAAUCUUUUUCUGCUGAACGUUUUUCUUCUGUUUGUUGAUGAAUGCUAUAUUGGCUUUUUUUCUGUACAUACUGAGGGCUUUUACAAAUGUUUGUCUAUUGUACUAUCUUUCAUCCUUUUUUUAGAUAUCAUUUUCUAAACAAAAUUCCAACUACUCACAAUGUACAUUGUCUAAAUAGAUUUAGUCGGUCUAUAAUGAGACAAGUAUGUAUCAUCACUCAUUCAUUGUAAAAGAUUUAUGAUCUGCCUGUACAUUGUAUAUAGUUGUAAAACAAAAACGCUGAUCAGAUUAAAUAAAAUCCACAUAAAAGAUUAGUUGGAAAGCAUAAUUGUAUACAUAUAUGUACAAAAGUAAUCUUAAAAGGAUGCGAUGGAGCUUCAUUUGAUUUCCCGUUGAGUCCUGAUUGGACGUCACGCCCUGGCGUCGUCGGGUUUGGUGUCUCUGGAUGGUGGGUUUCUAAUGUGGCUUUAACACACACACACACACCCUCUGAAUGAUGCACUGUACUACUGAGGAGCAGCAACUUGAGUUCUGCUCCCUCGCCCCUCGAACACCUCACGCAUCCACGGCCUCUUGUGGAGCGGCUCCCUUGCCGAGACGCAUCUUUCAUUUGGCCUUACAUGCUCUCUUGAUCUUCUCUUCAACCUACCUUUUGUUUUUGUGAAGCCCAUUUUAGUUUUGGUGUGUUCUCUCUCUCGCUCUCUUGCACCAUCCAAAAGCAAGGACACUACUACUGCCAUGCCUGCAUUUUUUUUCUCCCCCUUUUUUAUUUUUUAAAGUUCUCUUUAUGGUCAAUUGGUUUGCUUUUAACCUGCAUGGUUUGACUGUCAUUUACAAUCCAAAAUGAUGCUGUAAAGUUCAUGUGAAAGCUCAACGUUUUUGUUAUGUAAAUCAAUCAAUACAAUGUUCUAUUUCCUUUAGAGCUUUUUUUUUUUUUUUUAGGUUUUAUUUAAUCUGCUUCUGUUUAAUGGAGGCAAACCAGAUGACGCAUGUGCUACAAGGUAGUGAACACAAGGGGGAGCUGUGCAAAAUGGAAGGCUGGCAGGGUGAGAGGACGUUUCAUACACCUAUUCCUGAAUGUGUUUGUGUGUGUGUGUGUAGUCUUAUUCAAACUGUAUGUUAAUCACGCCUGAUUAGUUCUUUCUAUGAAGCUGUUAACAUUUUACAAAUGGAAGUGAGCCCAACAUUAAAGCUUUGGACACUAUAACUGAGGAGGAAGGAAACGAGCACCUGCCAGUGGUGUGGUCAGAUCUGUGUGGGUUUGUGUGAAGAAAAUCAUCUUUGAGAGAGCCCGACGGUGUGCCAUCUGUCUUUUAUCUGCAUAGGAUGCAAUUCUUUUGGCUGCAAUUUCAACUCUCAGCUUCUAAGCUGCAUGUGAAGAACUGUAAAUAAGGUCGUUCCUACUCUUGACGUGAAACCUCUUUUGCAAAUGCAAGAAAAGUUUAAAUGUUCAAAUCUGUCACGCUCCCAUCGAGGGGCAGCUCAAAUGUGCAAUUAGAAAUCAUUCAUCAUGAGCUUACAACCUGGUUACUGUUUUAUUUUUUGUUGUUUUGUUUCACUUUGGGGGCAAAGAAAAUGCAAAUCCAUCAACUGAAUCGCUUGUGUGUGUUUUUUUUUUGUGUUCCUUCCUUUGCUGGGAUGAAGUCGUUUUGUAAAGGGCUUGAAAGAGCAUCUAAAUGCACAUCAUGGUCCUUCUCCAUUUGUUUUUAAAAAGAGGGGGAAAAAACUGAUUUCACUUUGCUCUGAAAACAUGACCUGUGACCCCCUUCCCUCAUCCCAACGACCCGCCCAGCCCGAAAACAUCUAAAAACGAAUCAGAUUUUAAUUUUGUGUUUUUUGUUGGAGAGGAGGGGAGUGGCGUGAGAUUCACUGUUUUCCAGUUCCAUGGCUUCAAGGAGUGUGAAUGUCAGACUGAAAAUAUGAAAUGAUCUUUAAAGAUGAGAAGUUGUAAACUAUUAAAUGGAUUAUUUUCAAUUUAUGCUGUGUAUUCUUGUCUUUGGGUUGGAGAUGAUGAUCAAGCGAAUAAAAAAGUGAAAUAAAAAUCAA